AUGAUAGCAGUGUUCGUGGGUGCUCAGGGGGCCGGGGACCCCAGCAGGGAGAGGGGCGCAGGCGAUUGGCAGCACUACAAGCCCCCCUCCGCAGUUCUCAAGGAGGUGGCUGCACGCAACGCGCAACCGCGGCUGACCGGACCUCGGCCCCCCGGCCCUCCUCCCCUUCAGGCGCUGCCCGAGGGCUGGGCGGAGGCUAUUGACCCCACGUACAACCACCCCUACUGGUACAAUGUCAGCACUGGCGAGCGCAGCUGGUGGGAGCGGCCCACAGCUGCGGCUGGGCUGAGCGGGCCCUUUGUACCUUCUGCCAGCUUCACAGGGCGCGUGGAGGGGUAUGUCUUCAAGAUGGGAAGCAAAGGCCUGGGCUACUACCAAGACCUCGGACUCAGGCUGAACCGGCGGGAGGUGAUUGCGGCGCAGCAGGAGCGGCGCCACGCUGCCCGCCGCCAGCGCGACGAGAUCGACCCCAUGGACCCCUCGGCGUACUCGGAUGCUCCGCUGGGCGGCUGGUCGUCGGGCAUGGAGGGGGCGCAGCCGCGCGCGGCCGACACCACAGCCAGCGGACCGCUGUUCCAGCAGCGCCCCUACCCCGCGCCGGGCUCAGUGCUGCGCGCCAACCAGAAGCUCAUCAGCGGCGAGCCCCAGAUCGGCCCCGCCGUGCCCAGGAAAUGA